UCCGGGUUAUAUGGCAGUCGUUUCGAGGUUUGAGUUUGUGUAUUUGUCAUGUCAGCUGGUAACAGUUUGAGCUCUUUUAAACCUGUAUACACGUGUUCUGCGACGGAUUUAAGGUUAAUGUAAAUAUGACAGAAUGGAUGUUCUGGUGGCAUAGGCAGUUAGGCAGAGCCAUUACUAUUAGGUAGCCGUUAUAUAGUGACGAUAAACAUGGCAUCCUCUGGGUCUUGCAGUCUGCAACAGGCUACUAUGGAGGAGCUGAAGCAAGACAUACAAAGAUUAAGGCGUGAAUUAGAUCAAGCUGUUAGUGAGAAAAUCCAGUCAGCUCAUUAUGGUUUAGUUCUGCUUGAAGAAAAGGAUGGCUUGGCAUUAAAGUGUGAAGAACUUGAAACUUUGUACGAGAAUUCAAAACACGAACUUGAAAUUACACAAGAGGCAUUAGCAAAAUUCCAAACAACUCACAAAGUGGCUACCAAGACUGGAAUUGAGCAAGAAGAAUCACUUUUGUCAGAGUCUGCUGCUCGUGAGACCUCCCUCAACUCCCAGAUUCUAGAGCUGGAAAAUGAAACAAGACAACUCCGCCAAGAACUGGAACGAGUGAUAAACGAGAGGGAUAGAGUGUUACAAGAAAACUGUGAUUUGGACAAAUGUAAGGAGGAAAAGGAGCUGGAAAGAAGGAAUCUUCGAUCUGAGCUACGAGAGAUCAAGUUCCGAGAGACGCGUCUCAUCACGGAUUACUCAGAACUGGAAGAGGAGAACAUCAGUCUUCAGAAACAAGUUUCAGUUCUGAAAUCAUCACAGGUUGAAUUUGAAGGAGCAAAGCAUGAAAUUCGUAGACUACAAGAAGAUGUUGAGCUUCUGCAUCAACAGGUUGAGGAGCUCACAAAACUUAAACAGAUUGCAGAGAAACAAUUGGAAGAAGCCCUUGAAUCUCUUCAGGCUGAACGAGAGGCUAAAUAUGCUUUAAAGAAGGAACUGGAUCAUCGCAUAAACAGUGAAUCAAUGUUUAACCUCAGUAAUCUAGCAUUCAGUAUCCGUGGUAUUACAGAUGAUCAGGCCAUGGGUAGUGAUGGUGAAGAUGACCUGCCAGUGCUGAAACGUAUUGAAGCUGAUCUAAAAAGUGGCUCAAACACUGACAUUGACUCACCAGAUGGAAAACAAGUGGAUCUCUUUAGUGAGAUUCACCUGAAUGAACUGAAGAGACUAGAAAAGCAGCUUGAACAGGCAGAAAGUGAGAAACUUCUUUUGACUCAGAACCUUCGAGAAUCUCAAGCAGUUGUUGAAUGCAGCCAGGGAGAGCUGCAAGCGUUCAUGGCGCGUUUGGUUCAGUUAGCUGCACACGUUGACUCAUUGCAGCAUUUGUGCCAGAAAGCAGACCAGCAAUUUGGUGAACAUAAUGAGAACCAGGCAAUCAAUAAAUUAAGUUCAGCUGUCUCUCAGUAUCGGCGGUGGUUUGUGCUCGCAUCGCAGGAGAUAGAGCAGUUGCGUGCUGAUCUCCAAGAGUUGGAGAAGGGACUGAACUGCUCGGAUGCAACCCUUCAGUUGCGCACAGAAGUGACAAACCUUAAGAACAAGUUACUUGAUGCAGAACAGAGGACUUUGGAGCUACAGACAGACAUAAGAUUGUUGGGUGAAUUGGCAGGGGAAGCAGGUUCAUCUUUGGACACUGCUCAGAACGAUUUGCUCACAAUAUCAGAUGAACUGGCUCAGCUGUAUCAUCAUGUCUGCACAGUUAAUGGGGAGACACCCAGUCGAGUUCUUCUGGACCAUGAGAAACAUGGGGGUAUGACACCAAGUGGUGACACAAAAUCAUGUCCUGAUAUUGAUAAAGAUGGUUAUGGAAUAUCCAAGAUAGAGUUACUUCGUAGUCGACUGAAAACAGAUAUUUCAUUGAAAGACCUAGAAAGUCUAAAUGAUGCAGCUGGGAUGGCAAAACACAUUGAGACAGUUCUAGACCAAAUUAAAUACCUUCGUACAGCAGUUGAGAAUACAAUUGAACUUUCCAAGAUGAAGGGUAACCGAGGAAACAUAUCAGAAGCUAUCAGCAGUGACUCCAAAGAUGCUGAACUUGCUGAACUCCAGGAACAAGUUAUAAAGCUGAAGUCACUUCUCUCAACAAAGAGAGAACAAAUAGCAACAUUGCGUACUGUUCUUAAGUCUAACAAGAACACAGCUGAAGUUGCCCUCACAAAUCUCAAAUCUAAGUAUGAAAAUGAGAAAGCUAUUGUUAGUGAGACCAUGAUGAAGCUACGUAAUGAGCUGAGGCUCCUCAAAGAAGAUGCUGCUACUUUCUCUAGUUUGCGUGCCAUGUUUGCUGCUCGCUGUGAGGAGUAUGUCACUCAGGUUGAUGAACUUCAGCGUCAAUUAGGUGCAGCUGAAGAAGAAAAGAAAACUCUUAAUCAGCUGUUGCGUCUGGCAGUACAGCAGAAGUUAAGCCUGACACAGCGUUUAGAAGAGCUGGAAGUGGACCGGGAGAUACGCAAUGCUCGACGGCAUGCAUCAAAUGUGGGAGGACGAGGUGCCAAGACUAGGUUUCCUCAGCCAGGGCGUUCUCAUACGGGUAGGGAUUAUUUCUAGCCGCGGGGGAGACAUUUCACCUGCGUCUUGGCUCUCCUUGCAACAGUAGUGUGAAUGUUAUCAACUCAGUUUCACCAACAGUCAGUAGAGAGAUUCCAAUAAUUGUACAUGUUUAAAUACUCGAGGAGCCUUACUUGUGGGGUCCAUUAAGUUGUAUUAUAAUUAUUGAGUCCAAAAUGGUGUUAUGUACAUCAUGCCAUUUAAAUAGGGCAGGCUUGUUUUAAUGAGGAAAUGUUUCUAAAAAAAUUAUUUGUAUUAUUAUUAUUAUUAUUAUAAUAAUGUGUUUUAACAUUCUUUGAUAGCUAAAUUAUGUUAUAUUUGCAGCUAAUUGAUUAUAGUUGAUAGAAGUAAGAAGGAUGAAGUUAUAUUUUUCCUUGAUAUGUUUAUAUGGAAAGUAUAUUAUUACAUCCUUUCUUCUUCAUUUGGGAAAUAUAUUUCAUAUAUCAGACUACAAGAGAUGCUAGUCUUUGUUUAUAUUAUGUGUGUGAUGGGUCUGUUAUAAUUUUGUUUAUAAGACUAAUCAGAAUACUCCUUGUCAUGCUUUUACAGUGUCUAGAAAGUUCAUGUGUAAAUUCUCAUACACAGAUAGGUCUCCUGGACCUGUGUGAUUGUGUAUACUGAGAUAGGAGCAAAUUAUUGCAUCUGUAUUGGAUGUGAUACUCCACGUUUAUGUCUGUUAGCUAUAAUAUCCCAGAUGGCCUUCUAAGCGCUGACUUGUGAACUUGAUGUCAGUGUUUGUCCAUUGGUGGUUAUAAUGAAGAUUGUGGGCAGACAUGGUGUUUGAUCUUGUAUCUUCCCCAGUGUUCCGUUCCGGUUGUCCAUCUUUGAAAGAGCAAUCAUGUAAGUUA